AUGAUUUUUGGUUAUGAUACAUAUUUAUAUGAAUUGAGUAUUCCUAAUCAAGUCACUUUAUUAACCAAAUUCAGACUUGAAUAUAUUGAAGAAUUAAAGAGUGGGUACCAACAGGAUGCAGCUUUCAAAGUAAUUUAUAAUUGCUUAGUUAAUAAAGCUCCGGUACUACACAAAUUGGAUACUAUAAUUAAAAGAUACAAAGUGAUCGACGACUUACUAUAUCAUGGAUAUACUGAUUUAACUGUUGAUAAAUUAUGUAUUUCUAACAAUUUUAUUAGAACUGAGCUACUUAAGUUAGCUCAUGACUCUACUGCAGGCGGACAUAAUGACGGAUUUCGUACAUUUACAAACUUGUCCCCUCAUUAUUAUUGGCCUCGAAUGAGUGCUACUAUUAAACAGUAUGUUCGUCAUUGCUCCAGUUGCCAGAAAUCUAAAUAUAGAACUGGUAAACAAUUUAACGCUUAUAUGCCAUUAAUGAUUCCUAAGGAACGUUAG